UGUUUUCAGUCACGUGACCCUUCCUGUGAUAGACCUUUAUUUUGAAAAGGCUCUGCCGUUCGAAUAUCGACAAGGACAGUUCAGGAUAUUGUAGCUCAGACAGCGUAACGUUUACUGUUCUAGUCCUCAAGGCAGGUGUCAUCAUGCGAAGCCUGCAUCUCCUCCUGGUUCCUGCUCUGCUGCUCGUCCUGGUCUUUCCUGUAACCAGAGGGCGAUACAAUGAUGACUUUGACGAUGGCGAGGACCUGGCUGACUUUGAUGACAAUGACUUUGCAGAGUUUGAAGAUAAUAACGAGGAUCCAGUAGCUGAAGCAGAAACAGCUCCUCCACCUCGAGUGUCACACUCCUCACAACCUGAAGAGGAAGAAGAUGAAGACGAAGCCACUGUGGAGUUGGAGGACGGUCAGGACGGUUUUGAGGACUCUGAGACACAGGACCAGGACAUGUACAGUAAAUAUGACCAGGAAGAAUUUGAGGGGAUUGGAGACAUGGAGAAGACGAGCCACAUGAAGGACCCUCUUAUAAUCCACACGGUUCCUGCACAUCUGCAGAACAGCUGGGAGAGUUACUAUAUGGAGAUCCUCAUGGUUACAGGGCUGUUGGCUUACAUCAUGAACUACAUCAUUGGCAAGAACAAAAACAGCCGCUUGGCACAUGCCUGGUUCAAUUCGCAUAAAGAACUAUUGGAGAGCAACUUUGCCCUUGUUGGUGAUGAUGGCACCAGUAAAGAAGCAGUGAGCACUGGCAAACUGAACCAGGAAAAUGAGCACAUCUACAACCUGUGGUGUUCUGGACGAGUGUGCUGUGAAGGCAUGCUAAUACAACUCAAGUUUCUGAAACGACAGGACCUGCUGAAUGUUCUGGCCAGGAUGAUGAGGCCUGCAUGUGACCAAGUGCAAAUCAAAGUGACUUUGAAUGAUGAGGACAUGGACACUUUUGUGUUUGCUGUGGGCACGAAGAAGGCCAUGGCCAGACUUCAGAAGGAGAUGCAGGACCUGAGCGAGUUCUGUGGUGACAAGCCCAAAUCUGGAGCCAAGUAUGGCCUCCCAGAAUCACUGGCUAUUUUAAGCGAGAUGGGUGAGGUCACAGAUGGAGUGAUGGACAACAAGAUGGUACAUUAUAUUACCAACCACGCUGAUAAGAUCGAGUCCAUCCAUUUUUCGGACCAGUUUUCAGGUCCAAAAGUUAUGCAAGAGGAGGGCCAGCCCUUAAAGCUGCCUGAAACCAAGAAGACACUGCUGUUUACAUUUAAUGUGCCUGGAAUGGGCAACACAUCUCCUAGAGACAUGGACUCUCUGCUUCCUCUCAUGAACAUGGUGAUCUACAGCAUCGACAAAGUAAAAAAACUCCGUCUCAACAGAGAGGGCAAACAGAAAGCUGACAAAAAUCGUGCCCGGGUGGAGGAGAAUUUUCUGAAACAGACUCACGCUCAGCGCCAGGAGGCUGCCCAGACCCGCAGGGAGGAGAAGAAGAGGGCAGAGAAGGAGAGGAUCAUGAAUGAGGAGGACCCCGAGAGACAACGCCGUCUUGAGGAAGCUGCCCAGCGACGUGAGCAGAAGAAGAUUGAGAAGAAGCAAAUGAAGAUGAAGCAGAUCAAAGUGAAGGCCAUGUAAAACAUAACCACAGGAACAGAAACAUGAGCACAUGUGAAAAUGGUGCUCAGCUCCAUCUCCUCCAGCAUCUUUCACCACAGCUCCUGCUCACUGUCCCUCCAGCUACAAACAGACGUCCCGUGUCACUGGGUGUGUCAAGCUUUGCUCUUUGUGUCACCUCCCACUCCAUUUGGUGUGGCUCAGCCUUAAUGACUCUGUCAUACUAAGAGAGUUAUUUUCACAUCUGUCGCCACAAUUCAUGCCAGUGUGUCUAUAUUUUUCUCUGAACUGUUGACUUCCAGACUCUGUGGGUAAGCUGUGUAGCUCUGUGAGCUUUUUAAACCUAAUCGGAGGAACAACAAAACACUAUUUUGUGGUAACAGCCACAUUUUUAGUACAAUGAAAAAUGUAUGUAUCAUUUGAAAAUGAAUUUAAAUUUUAUUUCUUAUUUGUUUUGAGUGUGGCUACUUGCUGGCUGUUUCUAAGACUUGUCAAACAUAAUAAAGUACAAUGGAGUCUGUUGCAAA